CAACGUAUGAAUUGUUUAUAUUGUAGCCUUGUUCUAUACUUUUUGGCCCACUCACACACCAUUUGAAAGAAAAAAACUCUUGUUCACUUUCAUGGCAACCAUUGAACUUAACCAACAACCCAACAUCACGGUGGUGGUGGUCCCUUUUCCGGCACAGGGCCAUCUCAACCAGCUCCUCCACCUCUCCCGCCUCAUCGCCGGCUACAACAUCCCAGUCCACGUCAUCACCACCACCACCCACAACCGCCAAGCCCAAACCCGUAUCCCACUCCCACCCACCAUCCAUUUCCACCACUACCCCACCCCCCACUUCCCCUCACCGCCACCCGACCCCACCGCCUCCGUCAAGUUCCCUACACAACUUAUACCAUCUUUCCAAUCCGCCAUGCAUCUCCGCCAGCAUUUUGUUGGGCUACUAGAAACAUUCUUGUUAAGUAAACGUGUUGUGGUUGUUUAUGAUUAUCUUAUGGGCCCGGUUGUUCAAGAUGUUGGGUUGUAUGGUAAUGUUGAGGCUUAUAUGUUCUCCUGUUGUUCGGCUUUCGCCGGGUUUUGGUACCAACGUGAGGCCACUGGCAUGCCGGUUCUUGAUGGUGAGCUUGCGCUUGUGGAAAGCCAACUCCCGAGUAAUGAAGAUUGUUACUCGAUGGAUGGAGCACGGUUCAUUGCGUCCACGGAUGUAUCGUGCCAGAAGUUUACAUCUGGUACCAUUUUUGACGCAAGUAGGGUUAUUGAAGGAAAAUUCAUAGAUCUAAUCGAACAAGAACAUUAUCAAGGUCGACAAAAACUUUGGGCUCUUGGCCCUUUCAACCCGGUUAAGAUCACUACCGAUGCGAGUCAUAAGCGUCAUAAACUAUUCGACUGGCUCGAAAAACAAGCACCCAACUCGGUUCUUUAUGUUUCCUUCGGCACAACAACGUCGAUCAGCAACGAGCAAAUUCAAGAACUCGCUUUGGGUUUGGAAAAAAGCGAGCAAAGAUUCAUUUGGGUGUUGAGGGAUGCUGAUAAAGGCGAUAUAUUUGAUGGUGAAGUUCGAAAGAUUGAACUACCAGACGGAUUUGAAGAACGGGUAGGGGAUAGGGGAUUAGUGGUGGUGGACUGGGUGCCCCAGCUGGAAAUCCUGGGGCACCCGGCUACUGGAGGGUUUAUGAGUCACUGUGGGUGGAACUCGAGCAUGGAGAGCAUGACCAUGGGCGUGCCCGUGGCGGCAUGGCCCAUGCAUUCUGAUCAACCGCGCAACGCUAUGCUUAUAACCAAUGUUUUAAAAGUUGGGAUGUAUGUGAGGGAUUGGAUGCAAAGAAAAGAGUUGGUGAGUUCCGCGGUGGUUGAAGAUGUGGUUAGAAGAUUGAUGGCGUCGGAUGAAGGGGAGGAGAUAAGGAAGAGGGCGGUGGAGCUUGGUGGUAAGGUGCGGCAAUCGAUGGUGGAUGGUGGUGUUACACGGAUGGAGUUGGAUUCAUUUGUGGCGCAUGUCACCAGAUAGAUUUAUUGUGAUGUGACAUUUGAUUAUUUUGGAUGUUGAUGACUUGAUGUACUCUGAAUAUUAAAGGGGAAACUAUUUCUUGUUAUUUUUGUUCAUUAAAUAGAUAGAUUUUGGUUU